CGAGAGUGUUAAGUUGAAAAAGAUUUUGCGGACGUACGCCAAGAAGUGAAUAUUUAAAGGUGUAAAAAAAGAAUAUGUACAUAUAUAUACAUACAUAUAUGUAUGGAAAUAUAUGUAAAGUGACCAAAAUAGCUGCUUGCAUGUAAAAGCAAUGAGCUAGAAGUGCUGGAAAACCUAAUAAGAGGUGUGCAAUUGAAAAUUAAAAAUUUAAAAAGUAAUUUUUGAAAGAAAUAAAAUCUAAUUAUAUGUAAAAAUAUAUAACCAACGCUUUGCAUAUAGCCGCAAAGGCAUUAGCUGGCCACAAAAAAGUGUCUGUAUGUAUGUAUGGUGCGCGGUGUAUACCCAUUUCAACGAACGCUGUGUGGCGGUGGCCAAACACGCCAGCUAAGAAGUGCUCAUAAUGGCUGUGCGCGUGUGCAACGAUGUGUCUGUGUGUGUGUUUGUGUGUAGUGUGUAUCCGUUGAUUGGGCUGACUGGCUGAUCAGCAGCAGCAAUAACAACAACAAGUGUGCGGCAGUGGCGCAUUGGAGCCGUCGAGCAAGUUACCAGUUCUGAAAAGUGUUGUUCAAAAAUAUACAUAUAUGUAUAUAAAAAUACAACAAUAACAAUGACAACAACAACAAUGACCGCAAGGCACGACUAAUGCAACGGCGGCGACAAAGCAGCGUGUAAGAAAAAAAAUAUGAGAAAAGAAUUAAAAAUAACAACAAAAAAUUAUAACAACAGCAACAACAACAAAUGAAAGCCAACAACAAUAAAAACAAAUAAAAAUAAAAAAUUAAAAAGAAAAAACAAAAACAACAACAAGCAUUAAAAACAACAACAACAUAUAAAAAUACUAAAAAAAGUACAUGGAUAUAAAAAAUAAAAAAAUGAAAAAACGAUAUUACAAAUACUAACGAAAAAAUUAAAAAAAAAACAACAACAAAAAAUAAAACCAACAAAAAUAAAAAAUACAAAAAUAUAAAAAAUUAAAGAAGGAUAUCACAACUACUAACGAAAGAGGAGGAAAGCAUGAAAAAAGCAAAGUAAAACAACAACAACAACAACAACACUGCAGCGCAACAAAUAAUCAUCAGAAUUAAAGCAAUCGCGUAAAAUAUUCGUGGAAGGCUGCAAACGUCCAGACGCUGCGGUAUGCCAUCUAGAUAUGUACACAUGUACAUAUGUAUGUAUAGCGAAUAUGUGCGUAUGUCUGAGCGUGCAGCUUGCUGCCUAAAUCAGAGUCUACCACUCGGUUUAUUUGUUUUGUUUUGAUUUUUUUCCGCACAUUCUUCCCGUGCCGUUGCUAUUUUGGUUGUUGAUGUGCCUUGAGUUGUGUUGUAAGUGUGUUGGUGUGGUUGUUAGUAUUAGUAUUUGUGUUGUUGUUGUUGUUGUUGUAGCUGUAUCACUUGUUGUGCGGCAACUUUAUGGACAGAAUUGUAGAAAUUCCUGCGAGACGCGUUAAGAAGUUGGAGCAGGGAGUCAGAAAAACAACAAAAAUAACAACAACAAAUAUAAAAAAUGUAAAAAACAACAACAACAAAUAAAAUUUAAGCAACGGCAAAUCGUAAAAUUCCUGCGUCAUGUUAAGAAGCUGGAGCUAAAAGUUAGAGACACAACAAAAAUAACAACAACAAGUGAAAAUAAAAUAAUAAUAAUAAAAAAAUAUAAAAUAACAUCAAAUAAAAAAUAUAAAACAAUAUAAUUAAAGAAAAUCACAACGAAAAUAUAAAAACAACAAUAACAAAGAAAAAGUAUAAAACAACAACUAAAUGCAAGCUGAAGCAGAAAGUCACAAAAACGAAGCACAACAACAGAAUAAACGAAAAAAAAUUAACAACACAACAAAUGAAAUCAAAAAUAUAUGAAAAGCAAUAACGGUAAAUAAAAGGUAUAAAACAGCAACUAAAAAGCUGUAUCAAAACACAGCAACAACAUAAUAAAUAAGAAAGAAUAACAACAAAAAAAUAAAAAAAUGACAAGAACAACAAAAUAUAAAAAUAACAACAACAACGAAUAAAAUUCAAAACAACAAUAGAACGCAACAAUUAAAACAAAAAACAACAUAAAAUAAACAACAACAAGUAAAAUAAAAAAUACAACAACAAAAAAUAUUCAAAACAACAAUAAAACCCAACAACUACACAAGCCUCUGCAGCAUUGCUGCCAUUUCAGCCGCGUUGCAAGUAAUAGAUACAGUUUUGGGCAGCUGCCGCGCCGCCACCCGCGCGUCACUCGCACGCCACCAUAAAACCCGUCGAAUAGCUGCCGCGCCGCCAAUUUUACACUCACUUAUACAUACGCACACAGCGUACUCUGCAUAAACCUGUUCUGUGCAACGUCAAUGUGCCACAUUUCGGUGUUAUCCGCAACAUUUGAAUUUGCUGCCGCAUCGCAUCGCGUCUCGCGUUAAGUUAGCUAAGCACAGCGCGCGUUCUGCCAUUCCCAUUUCUACAUAUUUACUUUACUCGCUUAUGCGCCCGCUUGCACACACUUGCAACACAAUGCUGUGGCAGCACAGUAAUGCUUUAUUGUAGUUGCCCUUUGCUUUGCUUUGUGGUGAAUAUUUUCGAAUUCCAUUUCGAUUCCGCCAUUCCAUACGUUUCCGUACGACUGCUGCCCAAUUUGAAGGCGCCACCACGAAGUUGCUGAGCUUGCUAUAUAUCUCACACAUAUAUAUACACAUACACACACACACGCAAACAGAUAGUGAAUUUUUGCACUAUCUUCUCAGCCUUUAAAUUGCAACAAAGGCUCAAAUCAGAAAACAAAAAAAAUUCAAUAAAAAAUACAAAAAUUAACAACCUGAUUCCCGCUUUCCAGUUUAUUUUAGCCGCGUUUCGCGUGUGUUGCACCAUUACCCACACAUAUGUGUGCACGUGUGUUAGUGGCUUUUGUAUUUCUAUACAUUCACAACGUUCAUACAAGAUUUUGGUGUAUCGAAGACAAAUGUUAAUCAACGAUGGCCACAUUAGGCCUGUCAAAAGUUUUCAUUCUGGAUAAAUAUUUCACCGAAUUGCAGAAGUUUUGGGAGACCGAGAAAAAGUUGCAAGACGCAUCCUCAUCCAAUGAAGCCGUGCACUUGCAGCAGCGUCUCAAGAGCCUCAGCACUGAAUUAGUCACCCUACGCAAUCGGCUGCAUGUUGGACAGGGACAACAAAACAACAACAACAGCAAUAAUAAUAAUAACAAUAGCAACAAUAACAACAACAAUAGCCAUAACAACACCAGCAAUUGCAAUGUCACAACGGUGAGUAACUUACAACAGCACCAACAACAACAACAACAGCAGCAGCAUGUCAACAACACAGCUGGCUUGACCGGCCUCAAUUUGCAUGCAUCCACACCGAAUUUGCACAACAGCACGCAGCAUCUGAACAAUAGUAACACAACAACAACAAAUUGCAUAAAUAAUAACAGCUUGCAACAGCAUCAGCAGCAGCAGCAGCAACAGCAACAACAAUUGCAAUUAACACACUCCACACUAAUUCCCACACACGGCAGCAAUAGCAGUAAUAACAAUAACAACGCCAUUAACAAAUCUAAUAGCGGCAAUUGCAAUAGCAACAACAACAACAACAACACUAAUAAUAACAAUGUAUCCUUGACAUCAUGCAAUAACGUCAACAGCACAAACACCGCAUUUACGCACAUCAAUAGCAAUAACAGCAACAACAACAAUAAGUCACAUUUGCACAGCUUUAGCCACACAUUGCCACAUAAUUCAACGAUUUCCGCCGGCAACACAGCGACUUUGCCGUCCGGCGCCGCUGCGGGCAUCGUUUCCACACGCAACACUUCCAUACCACAUCCAUUGCCGUCAACUAUACAACAACAACAGCAACAGCAUCAUCAACAGCAACAGUCACACCACCAGCACCACCAACAACACCAGCAGCAGCAGCACCUGCAGCAACAACAUAACGCGCACACGCUUCCAAUGCGCUCCUCGGCCAGCAUUGGCGCGCACGUCCAUCACCUUAGCCACCAUAAUUUGCCACCCUUCAUACCGAUUGCCCAGAAGCAUCCAAGCGCCAGUCAUGGCAGCAGUUUCAGCAACAUUGUCGCACCCUUCGGCUACAGCAACACCAAUGUCGAGCAGCGCAAUGUGAGCAACAACUUUUUGGGCAGCCUACAAACACACCACAACAAUGCGGGUCAUAACAACAACGGCGUCGGCAACGGCGGCGCACACAAGCAGCCGCGUGAGAUUGAGGACCUGAUACAUCUACCCGGUCCACUGACCGAGGAUGCGGUGAUGCGCACGCUGCAAGCGCGCUUCAACGACAAUUGUUACUUUACCAACGUCGGCCCCAUACUGCUCUCCAUCAAUCCCUAUCGUGAUGUUGGCAAUCCGCUCACACUCACCUCCACCCGCUCAUUACCGCUGGCGCCGCAGUUGAACAAGAUCGUGCAGGAGGCUGUACGUCAGCAGACGGAGACCGGUUAUCCGCAAGCUAUUAUACUUUCCGGCACUUCGGGUGCCGGUAAGACGCACUGUUCGAUGCUGCUACUACGUCAGCUAUUCGCUGUCGCUGGUGGUGGCCCUGAGACGGAUGCGUUUAAACAUUUGGCUGCCGCUUUUACGGUGCUACGUUCUUUGGGUUCCGCUAAGACCACAACUAACUCGGAAUCGAGUCGCAUUGGUCAGUUUAUAGAGGUGCAGGUCACUGAUGGCGCUCUCUAUCGCACCAAGAUACAUUGCUAUUUUUUGGAUCAGACACGUGUCAUACGUCCGCUGCCGAAGGAGAAGAACUAUCAUAUCUUCUAUCAAAUGCUAGCCGGUUUGAGCAGGGAGGAACGUAUUAAGUUGAAUUUGGAAGGUUAUUCGCCAGCGAAUUUGCGUUACUUACAAAGCGGCGAUAUUGUGCAGAAUGAACAGGAGGAUGCUGCACGCUUUCAAGCCUGGAAGACUUGUUUGGGCAUCUUGGGUAUACCGUUUUUGGAUGUGGUGCGUGUACUUGCCGCUGUUUUGCUGCUGGGAAAUGUGCAAUUUAUUGAUGGACAGAGCCUCGAAGUGGACGUCAAAGGUGAAGCCGAACUGAACUCCGUCGCCAGUUUGUUGGGCGUGCCGCCAGCUGCGCUCUUCCGCGGACUCACCACGCGCACACACAACGCACGUGGUCAGCUGGUGAAGUCUGUCUGCGACGCCAAUAUGUCCAACAUGACACGCGACUGCCUCGCGAAAGCGCUCUACUGCCGCACCGUGGCCACCAUUGUAAGGCGCGCCAACAGUCUGAAAAGACUUGGCUCCACAUUGGGCACUUUGAGCUCCGAUUCGAAUGAGUCGGUACACAACCAGGCGGAUGUCGCAUCACAGCACGCCUCUACUAUUGGCGGCAACUCUGGUUCGAAAUCAAUGGCGGCCUUAAAUAAUGCUGUACGUCACGCCACGGAUGGUUUUAUUGGCAUAUUGGAUAUGUUCGGCUUUGAGGAACCAUCACACGCACAAUUAGAACAUCUCUGCAUCAAUUUGUGCGCCGAAACUAUGCAGCAUUUCUACAAUACGCACAUCUUUAAGUCUUCGGUGGAGUCUUGUCGUGAUGAGGGCAUUGUUUGCGAUGCUGAGGUGGACUAUGUGGAUAAUGUGCCCUGCAUCGAUUUGAUAUCCUCGCUACGCACCGGCUUGCUAAGCAUGCUGGACGCUGAGUGCUCCAUACGCGGCACCGCCGAGAGUUAUGUCGCCAAGAUUAAGGUGCAACAUCGCAACUCAACGCGGCUGGAGACGAAGCACGCGAGCGAACCUUAUGAUCCGCGCAUGUUUAUGAUACGUCAUUUUGCUGGGCGUGUUGAAUACGAUACCACCGACUUUCUGGACACAAAUCGUGAUGUGGUGCGUGAUGACUUGGUCGCCGUCUUCUACAAGCACACCUGCAAUUUCGGCUUUGCCACACAUCUCUUCGGUUCGGAGCUGAAGGCAUUGUACGCACUGCAGAAUGUGCCACGCGGUCUCAGCUUCCGUAUUUCACCCACAUCACAUACGGAUCUAUUGAAUGGCGACGAACCGGUCUCGACGCUCACGCAAGACUUCCACACACGUUUAGACAACUUGCUGCGCACGCUGGUGCACGCGCGUCCACAUUUUGUGCGCUGCAUACGCAGCAAUGCCAAUGAAACGGCCGGCUGCUUCGAGCGCAAGAUGGUCGUCCGGCAGAUACGUUCACUGCAGGUGCUGGAGACCGUUAACCUAAUGGCAUCUGGUUUUCCGCAUCGCAUGCGCUUCAAGCAGUUCAAUGCGCGUUAUGUCGCUAUGUUGGCGCCGUUUCGCCUGCAUCGUCGCAGCGAGGAUAAGGCGAUGGAAGAUUGCAAUCUCAUUUUAGAGUUUGCCAUGGAGAAUCCGCCGGUGUUGGAUGGUUCCGUCACGCUCGCUUGGGCGCCUGGCAAGCGCCAUGUAUUCCUUAGCGAGGGCAUGCGUCAGCAUUUGGAACAUCUGCGCGCGGAGAUACGCACCAAGAGCGCCACAUUGAUACAGGCCACCUGGCGUGGCUGGCAGUGGCGCAAGAAGAUGGGCGGUGUGAAGCGUACGCGCGGCGUUAAUGGCGUCAUAACUAUGCUACCGACUGCGUCAAGCGCAACUAAACUGACGAAGUUGUUGCCCAACAGCGGCGCUAAUUCGCUACCGCGUCUAUCGGCGAAAUCUACAAAUCUUAUGGGCACCGUAACGCGUCCACGUCCGCAACCAAUCGCAGGCACACCACCACCUGAUCCGAAUGAGAAAUGCGACACAAAGAUAAUCCAGCAAACCUGCAGCCUAUUCGGAUUAGAUUUGGAACGUCCGCCACCCGUGCCGCCGUCACGUGGCUACACCAUCGCUGGCAGCCUGAAGCUCAGCUAUCCGCAGAGUCGCAUCAUGAAAAUGAAUUUCCCCGAGGAUCCACCCAUCGUUAAUCCGGCCGAACAACAGUUGCAGCAACAGUUGAAGAAGGGUGAAGCCGUCAGCGUUGUGGGCGCCUCAUCGUGUCGCGGACACUUGAUUGUCGAGCACAAAGGUCAGAGUUACCACGUACCGUUUCAGUAUAUGGAGUUGUUGCGUCCGUCUAUGCCAGCUGGCAAUGUGGUUGUUGCUGCUGGUGGUGGUGGCGGCAGUGGUGGCUGCGGUGUCACCAAUAAUCCAAAUAAUGCUGCUAGUGUUAAAAACAACAACAAUAGCAACAAUAUGGCUAAUAAAAAUAGCAGCAGCACUGGCAAUUUGACUAACAAUUGCAAUGCCAAUAACAAUGUUGGCGUAAAUAACGGUAAUAGCGGCAACACGAACAACAACAACGCCAGCAACACCUCGGCAGCUGUCAAAAUUUGAAGGGGCGACGCGUUGUAGUGCACGCAGCCAAUUGACGUGUGCGGCAGUCGGCAGCGCAGCUGUGACCACCAAAACAAAUCGAAACGGCUUCCGUGGCGGCGCGAGUUUGCUGUGUGUGCUGCAGUGCAUAUCCGUUGAGGAAUUUAUGUGGCUGCAAUAUCAACAAUUUCGCUUUUUUUUUAUUUUUUUAUUACACAAAGACUGUAAAUAUAUUUUGUAGAUUUAUACACUAGCGUGUAUAUAAACAGACAGACGUAGCUGUAAAAUAAGUGGUUAGUAUGAGUAAGGCAUAAUAUAAUAUAUUACAAGGGGUGUUCCAAAGUAAACAGGACUUUUUGAAACUAGCGCCCCCUGGUGGCGCCAUCUAUAUGUCGACUGGUGCGUUAGAAUCUGCUAUCUUUAUCGAUUGUCCAGUGAGAAUUUCAUGACAUUUCAUUGAUUGAAAGUGAAGUUAUUGCGUUUUAAGUGUCAGUAUGUUUGUGUUAUCGGUGCGAAAAUGAGCUGCGAACAAAGAGCCAACAUUAAAUUUUGUUUUAAAAUUGGCAAAACUUUUACCGAAACGUUUCAAUUGAUGAAACAAGUUUAUGGCGAUGAUUGCCUAUCUCGUAGCAGAGUGCACGAGUGGUUUCAACGUUUUCAAAGUGGUCGUGAGGACAUAAAUGACGAUCAACAUGUGGGCCAAUCAAAAUCUGUGAUCACCGGAAAUUCCAUCGAAACUGUGCGUGAAGUUCAUCAAAAAUCAGCCGAACUCAUCAUUGAAAUUCAUGGAAAUGGAAUUGAAUAUCUCCAAAACAUUUGGGCUUACGAAAGGUGUGUGCACGGUUUGUAACGCACAAACUGAUUGACGACCAAAAAUUGCUCAGAAUCCAACAUUUGAAGGACAUCAUUGUGGCCGAUUAUUUGACCAAAAGUCAAAUUUUAACCAUUAACCACUCCCCGUAUUCACCUGUUAUGGCACCGUGCGCCUUCUUCCUUUUCGUAAAAAUGCAUUUGCCCAUGAA